GUACCAUUAAGUUCAAUCCGUGAUGAACGUUUUUUGGCGCACUUGAGUUUUUGAGUCUUUCCCGAAGCUCACACAGGUAGAAAGUCAAAUACGACAUGACGUCAAAAAUCGAACUUAAUGGCUAAUGCAUGAACUAUUGAACGCAAAUGACACAAUAAAAAAUCAGCAUCAAGGUACAGUGGACUAAAAUAUCCAAGUGUAUCCCAGUAUAUUCCUUAAAAUCCUCGUGCUAGCAAUGGACUUGUAAAUGUUCUAGAGGCAUUCCAAGAAAGACAACAGCAAAAAGAUGAGGGGAACGGAAUAACCAAUGCGUCAUUCUUAUUGGCCUUCCCGUCGUCCGUAAAGUCCAAUUCUCGAUUCAACCACCGAGCAACGCACCAAGGAGUGGUGCAUUGUAUUCGAUUAACAAGGCCAUGAGGCAUUCGAAAGGAAAGUCUAUCACUACCUGGGUCCUUUUCACAGAUUGAUCCCGUCGAGUCGUGUGUUCCACAUACUCACACUGUGGCCUUGAAACCAUGGCAUCUCGUUAAUUUAUGAUUUCCAACUUUCUCCCUUGGACGCGGAGAUCCCCUCCAAUACACAAAGCCGAAACGAACUGAGUGAAUCUGAUUCUAAGCAUACCCAAAUCCAAUUCCCGGAGCAUGACAGGCUUGAUGUGGACCCAUGUGGAGGCGAUUGUUCCGGUGUAGUAUGUCUUAUUCGCCAGAUUUCGAGGACGACACCGACCAGAGCUCUUCAUCGUCUCCAUCCUCCACAUCCAGCCAGCCUUCGUCGAGCUCGCUCGACGACUCAGACCAGAUCAUUAGUUACAAUGACAAGGCCGAAGAAAAGGCCCCCUCGGGGAGCCGACGAGACCAGCAUGACCGCCGUGAUGAGUCGACCUCGAGACCGAGGCUCAUACGGCAAGACACCUUCACUGUCAAAGAAGGCGAGGAGUUCAUUCCCCAAUCCAACCGGACCCGACCUGUGACUCCGAACAUUCGGAGUCAGGCCGGGAUCCGGAACAUUUUGGGUGGGACCAAGGGGAACGCCAAUGCUUUGCCGGAUGAGAUCAAGAACUACCUGACCAAUCAUUUUCAGAUGAUCAAACAAGAAAACGAGGAUUUGCGACACUCACUCAAGCAGAAAUCGAAGCAAUUGGACCAAAUCGCGGACGAGCACCACAAAUGCCGAUACUUGGAGCGGGACCUCGGGAAAUGCGAGGACAAGCUCAAGCAGAUGUCCACGCAAUUGGAGAAGGAGAAGGCCAAGACCAAAAUGCUUACCCGGCAAAUGAAGGCCAAUGAGAAUGGGGACGGUGGGGGUGAUACUGGGAUCGUGUUUUAUGGGGUUCCCCCGCCGAAUAAGGCCAAUCAUGAAAGGACCACUCCCGAGUCCAACGAGUCGGACGACAACAAAAUGGAGAAGAAACUCCGGAUUCUCAAAGAACGCAUCGAAAGCCAAGAGCUGCAAAUACAACAUUUGAAACAGAUUCUUACCCGUGAGUUGGGAUCGUCCGAGGCCGUCGAGAAUGCCAUUCACAGUAAUCGAACCUCUUGGCAAGGUCGAGAAGAGCAAAUCCGCAAACUCGAGGAUGCAUUGGCCUCCAUGAAGACCUUGCUCCGAGAAUCCCGAUCGGCCACCUCCAAUCGAUCCGAAGCCGAGCAAGAUUGGCGGAUCCGCGAGGUUCGCGCCAAAUGUCAGAUGGCCGAAGUGGAACGGGAUCGAUUGAACGAAUACACCAAAGUCCUACUGAGUCGUUUGAAAACGGCAGAGGGUCGAGGAUCCAAAGCAGAGCAAGUCCUCCGCGAGGAACGACGAAAGAGUGCUCGAUUAGAACAUUUGCUGGAAAAGGCUCACAUCGAGAUUCGAGAUUCGGAUAGUGGGAAGAGCAGUAUCAGUUCCAGAAACGGUGCUUCACCCGCACAAAUAAUGAGACAUGGUGAAGAUCGCCAUGAGUUGGUGGAAGAAAUCGAGAUCUUGACUCGGGAGUUAUCGGAUGUUCGGUCUUUGCGAGAGCAAGACCUGGAAAUGUAUCAAAAACUCGCACUGGACACGAGAAAGGUCAUGGAAUCUAUGGCCCCGAUGAAUUAGAGUAACCAAUCGUGAACCUGUCAAGUACCGACUGUGAUUCUUUUUGUUGCUGAUUUGAAACUUAAUCGAACUAAUAUACGCACUUAUUUUGAACAAAAA